AUGGAUGAAGGAGAGACUAAAACAUGCCAAAACUGCAAGCGCGAGAUUCCGGCGGUGAACUAUACAAUCCACUCUGUGCACUGUGCGCGCAAUUUCCGGAUGUGUCCCGUCUGUAAGGAGCCCGUGCCGUUCGCGGAACUGGAAAACCACCAUGACAAAAUGCACAAACUACUGCCCUGUAAGCAGUGCGGAGACAAAGUAUGCGGAACUGACAUGGAAGAUCACAUAAGGGAUUCGUGUGCCCACACAGUAAAAUCAUGCAGGUUCUGCGAGUUGGAGCUGUCACGUCGCGAGCUUCCUCUUCACGAGGGUUACUGCGGCGCCAGGACCGAACAGUGUCCAGACUGCAAAGAGUGGGUCAUGCUCAAGUACAGACAGUUGCACAUCGACUCAAACCAUGGGUUUCUGCGGCUCGACGAUGACCCCAUCCCAGUACCCAAACGAGAACCAGCGAAGACCACAAACGUACCCAAACUGGGAGACUGGCCCAAACUGCCUACACCCAGUAACGCCUUCAACAGACCCAGUCCAUCUACAAGCAAAGUAUACAACGACAGGGCUCCGAAUAAUGGUUAUCUAAAAAACAUAAAUUUGACUCAAGACCAACCUAGAACCGAAAUAAGAUACUUCAAUAAUCCUACCACAACGGAGGAUCCCGGUCCUGGUACUUCUGGGUUAAACACAGAUGCUAAUAUGUCCAGACCUCAAGGCAAUACGAAUGUUAAAUUGCAGUCAAAGAGGAAUAAUAAUGAACCACAAGAAAACGUGAUGCCGAUGGAAAAUAAUGUUAUUAAAGAUUUGCCUUCAUCCUGCGGUGCAGUUAAGAAGCGUCCAGCACCUAAGCCUCCUUGCACGAACCCAUCUGCAACCAAUUCAUCUUCAACUGCUGGUUACAGUGGCUCAUCUGCUACAGCAUCUACCAGUCCCUUUACUUCUACACCUGCCUUUAAACCUUCAGUUGCGGCUUCAAAUGCAUUCUCAUCUCCUGGCCCUAGUGUAUUAUCUGCAACAACUCCUAGUGUAAAUUCAACUGGAACCAACACUUCAACAACUACUGCAUUCACCGGUUCACCGCAAAGAACCUUCGGAGGCUCUUCUACAGCCCUAAGUAGAGUCUCAAACGCUACACCUUUUGGUGGUUCCCGAGCAGUCCUAACAGAAAGGGACUUGGCCUACCAAAGUGCUUUGCGACGCAAACAGGAAGAAGAGAAACGCCUGAAAGAAAUUAACGCUUAUAACUUGUCCGUUGGAUUGCCUCCAGUUCUUAACCCUGCGGAAAAGAUAGACAGGCUUCGUAAAAUGGACGCAUUACACAACCGGGAAAUAUCAGACCCGAAUCAGAAGAAAUAUCUCCAAGGAUGGGCACGUCCAGUGCAAAGUAAUAUAGGUCAUGUGCUUGGGUACUCACAAAGUAAAAUUAUAAAUAUGCCACAAGAUGCAGAGGUAGAAAACAGACAGGACGACUUCAGAAAUCUCAAACCUAUGACACCGGAAGAGUUUAUGAACAGGUUUCAAGAGCUGCAGCUUGGAAAGAAUUCUAGGGAUGGUGGAGAGCCGCCAAUCAGAGAGGAUAGGGGAGAUAGGUUCAGCGAAAUUAAGUCCUCUUUAAAGGAAUUGAGGAGAGGCUUAAAUGAGGUGACAGCCCCAUACAACGUAAAUAUGAACAGUAAUAAUAAUAACGGCAAUGAAAGAGGUAACGAUAGAUUGCAGCAGCGUGUAAGAGAUGAGCUAGAAGCAAGAGUUAGUUCUGACGACGACGACACAGAUGAAGACGAAUCGGAAGAUGAUGAGGCAGCUGGGGGAGUAGAGGAGUUGCAAAAUGUGCAGCUGCCUUGUGAGUUCUGCGGAGUGCCCAUAAUAGCCGAGGAUUUGGUACAACAUCAGACUGGCUGCAGACCGGACUUGGCUCAGUGCCGCCGUGCUCGGCGGCCGUCGCCUCCACUGGAUAACGCUCACAUAGAACCCGUGAUCCCUUGUGAGUUCUGCACAGAAUCCCUGCCUCUCAACCUCAUCAGCCAACAUCAGGAGCGCUGCGGCAGGGAAGCCAACUUAUUCUUCCCCGACUGA